CUGACCGCUCUGACAUAUGUUCUGACUUUCUGAUGGAUUGGAGUCCCAAUGAGUUCCAGAUCCUUAGACAUGAAGCGCCGCGAAUCCAAAAGGGCAAAAGGGCGCAGCUGCGGAGUGAUAUUUCCAACCACAAAAACGUACGGUGCGAGCAUUGUGGGUGAUUACCUCGGCCGAAGAGGGAGGAGGCGCCUCAAAUUAUCCGUCCUGGGAACUAGAACUGCCUAGGUAUGGUAGUUAGCUCUGGCUCGCCUAGAUAGUCAGAUGGUAGACGUGCAUGUAGUGGAGAUGGUACAAAUACCUCAGAACAAGAGAUAGCAUACUUCACUCUUCGUGGCCAAACUAUUACAGUGCCUAGUCCUCGCAACCUACCAUAAUGACAAACCCGUCCAUUGUCAUCGUACCCGGCUCGUUCACGGCGAAGGGCAUCUACCAAGACCUUGUGGACCGCCUACGCGCCAAAGGGUUUCCCGCGCUCGCCAUCAAUUUGCUAUCAUCACAGAAGAGGCUCGGCCUCGAGCCAGCGACCAUGAAGGAUGACGCGAAGCGAGUCCGUGAUGUUGCUGAGGCUCUGCUCGCACAGGGAAAAGAAGUAGUCGUUCUGGGCCACAGCUACGGCGGCGUCCCGAUGACAGAAGGCCUUGCCGGUGUCCCAGUGAAGCGAAUCAUCUACCUGGCGGCCAUCGCACCGAAAGUGGGCCAGUCGCAUGUUGAAUCCAUGCCUGGACCGCUCAUCGACGCGCUUCUGGAUAGCUCUGUCGGUGGCUAUAUGCACAGUGAUCCCGCGCAGCUGGCCUCUGGCUUGGGCAUCGACUCUUGGGAGUUCGCGUACGAGUGCGCGCAGAAGCUGCCGCACCACUCUGUCGCCGCGUUCACAGAGAAGACUACGCAGGCGGCGUACGAAACCGUACCGGUGAGCUACAUGUUCACGGAGAAGGAUGUAAUUGUAACACAGGAGCACCAGGAGUCGUAUAUCAAGAUGAUGGAGGAGGUCACGGGAUCGAAGAUCGAUGUGAUCCGGAAGCCUUGGGGACACUGUCCUAACUGGAGCCAUCCUGAUGAGUUGGUAGACGUCCUGGUAAAGGUGGCAGAGAAGUAGGGAGAGCCCGCCCGUAAUAGAGUCGUCUCAACAGAAUUUUUUAGCACGAGCCAGUCUGGCCUUGAUGUCGUAUGGAACGAGUAUGCAAGGUCGUGGACCAUGAAGUUUUUUGCCAUCUUGCGUAACAUAACGAACGGGAACUAAGAGUAGCGUAUACGGUGUCUUGGAAACAUGUACCUGUAAAUGAACCACGUGCGC